UUUUGAAAUAAUGUUAGUCGCUACUGUGUCCACUGUCGCUAAAAUAUUCAUUGCAAAAUUGUUUGUAGUUUUGCUGUGAAAUUAAUCCCAAACUAAAGAAGAAGAACUAUCUGGGAUUUAAAUUGAGCGUAGAAAUUGAAACGAUUUGAGUGGAACUGAAAAAGAGAAAACAGGUUUUGGCAAUACAGUUAUUAUCGGUUGCGUGUGUUAAAUUUUUAACUUAACUUUUUUAAAGUCCUCGCUGCUCGCAAGGCAAAUUUGAUCACUGCUCGUGCUCGCAAAAAUAAACGCACUGCUCCCAUGCUCGCAAAUGCGCGCAAAGACCAUUCGAUACCCCCAGUGAGGGCUUUUAUUUCGGUCUCCUGAAAUGACUAAUUUUGAGGUAUCUGUGUUUGCUAGAAAUUGUUCCCUUAAUUUGGGUAUAAAGUAGUCUUCUCACAAUAAUCGGUUGGGGCGUAGACGUUUGUGAUGAAAAAGCAAUUAUCAUCUAUUGUAGCUUGUGCGGGUAAAAAUCUUCCUUCUAAAAUAAUGUCUGCUUCUACUUUUUGUAAAUAAAAGGUGGCACCGUGCGAAAAAAAACAAAAAAACAUUGCAUCACCCCAUUGGGAAUGUAACCAUGGAUGUAAAAAUACCGAAUAGAGUGCCAUGCCUAGAGGGGUGCAAUGCAUAAAUUAUGUUCCAACGUUGCUCUUUUUUUUUUCACGAAUGAUAAUUUUUUUUUUUGGCGGUUUAUUUACGUUGAUUAUUUAUGUAUGCGUUCGAAAUCCAUCAUCCUAUCAGAUAGCUUUCUUUGUGUCGAGCUGAACAACUGGGACAAGUGUAGUUUGAGAAUCUUGCCAAUCAAGAAUGGCGUCCUCUAAACUGCUUUGCUCCUGUCUUUUCUUAGCCGUUGUUGCAGCAGCAUCGCCAAUGCUUUUAAAAUUACACGACUUUUCCCACUCAGUCUGGGGCACGACUUUACCGCUGUUUGCGACUACGGUGCAAAACUUAAACUCCUGGCUUCUUGCAGCAUGUUCUCUACCACUCGGCUACAUAAUGUUGAAACUUUGGAAGUUAUUCUUUACUCCUUUAGAAAUGAAGCGAAAACUCCACGAGAUUGGCUAUGUGUCGGAAGAGAAGCGAUCAUUAAAAGACGUAGCGAACGAAUAUCGAAAGCGGAAGAGGUGCGGCGACAUUCCACCUGUUUAUCCGAAUGGAUGGUUCCAUGUAUUCGAUUCACACGAGCUGGCAGUGAGUGAUGUUAAAUAUAUUUCCGUGUUAGGAGAGCAUCUUGCUGUGUUUAGAGGAACUGAUGGUGUAGCGUAUAUUGUCAAUGCAUAUUGCCCGCAUCUGGGAGCAAAUUUAGGAAUUGGAGGCCAGGUUGUUGGGAACUGCCUACAAUGUCCAUUCCACGGUUGGGUUUUCCGCGGGGAGGACGGAAAAUGUGCUAAAAUUCCGUACAGUGAUAAAAUUCCUGAUUGUGCACGAAUCAAAGCAUGGCCAUGCGUAGAAAAGAAUUCUACCAUUUACAUUUGGUAUCAUGCAGAGGGGAUCGAACCCACUUGGACACCUGAUGAUAUUGAAGAGAUCAGCAAUGGAACUUGGACAUACAGGGGCUUUACACAGCACACGAUAAAUGCACACAUUGAGGAUACUUCAGAAAAUGGAUCAGAUUUAGCCCACCUUGGUCAUCUUCAUAGCUCACCUAUUAUCUCAGGUACUGAUCUAAGAUACAGCUUGUCUAGCUGGUGGGAGCAGUUUGGAAAACACAAGUGGCAUGCUGAGUGGAAACCACUGGAGAAUGAUGAAAAGCAUGUUGGAUACUUGAGGUUGACACAUGUCUUGUCAAUCUUUGGAUACAUAAUACCAUACACUGACUUCCAUUUAACAGCCAGGCAGACUGGGCCAGGUCUUGUAUUUAUGAAAUGGAGAAGUUCUGUGGGUGAUGGAAUCUUCCUUCAUUCAAUCACUCCAAAAGAACCACUGUUACAAAUCAUGCGUCAUUCACUCUAUGCAUCCUGGACUGUCCCUACAAUUCUUGCCAAAUUUUUUCUUUAUGCAGAAGCUCUGCAGCUUGAACGUGAUAUUAUGAUAUGGAACCACAAGACUUAUGUGUCAAGGCCACUGUUGGUAAAGGAGGAUCAGUUAAUUAGGAAGCAUCGGCGGUGGUACUCUCAAUUUUUUUCUGAGAACAGUCCACGCCUAUCAAUGAAGAAAGAAACCUUAGAUUGGUGAUGUCAUGAAACCUGUAUAAUGCAUGCUAUUUUCUGCUCCGAAACCCCUCUGGGGGAGUACCUGACCAAUGCUUGAGUAUAGGGGUUGCACCAGAAGUUUAACACCCUGACCCCAAUAAGGACGGUGCCUACUAAAUAUGCUAGGUUAGGACCACACCGAAAAAGUAAAUCUAAAUUGCAAGGACUAUUGGAAUCCACAAAGAAAAAUUGGGGUAGCCACGCAUUUUUUGAGAUAAUUAGCCUUGAAUCUCAACAAAA